CAUUGGAACCCUUUUGCUAUAAUUAUUUUCCAUCUGACCAGAACCUCAAAGCCUGCAACAUAAUUUUCUUUUGAAGUCUUCUCAAUACCUUGCGGCUUUUAGUCAACUAGCAAAUUUCAUGCGAGUUCUUCAGGACGAAAAGUAUCAUUUCUAAUUUUCAAUACAAGAUGUCGCGCCACAAGAACGUCAGAAAUCUUGAUCUCGAUGAUGAAUUGGAUGAUUUUGACGGUGGAGAUGAUUACGGUUAUGAGGAGGAGGAAGCCGCGGAAGGUACGAGGAGCAAUUUAUAUACUUGAUUGCUUCCCCGCAGACACUGGCUAACCUGCAUUGAAAGGACUGAGCGAGGAAGAUCAAGAACAAAUGCGACAAGGAACGAUUAAAGUUCGAGAAGCUUUACCUUCCGGUACAAGCAAGAUCACAGAGAAACAAAUACAAGAGGCCUUGUGGCAUUACUAUUAUGAUGUAGAGAAGUCGGUAAAAUACUUGGUAAACACAUAUCUUCCAAAAGUGCCCAAGAAAGUUGCAGGAAACAAAAGUUCUGGUAAGUCAAUUUCGUUUUGUCUUCAAAUUUUUCUUUUUGUCGCGAAAGAAUUGGAUACACAUACUUGGACCGGAGGUGGGUUCCUCGUCUUACCCUUAAUUUUUCUUUUUUCCGACGUAACUCUGGCUAACACAGAUGAUAGAGUGUUACAUUGGGGUCUCUUCUUCCCAGACAUAUACCACUACAUCAUCCGCCAAGAACUUCUUUGCCAAUAUCCCAUGGUUUAACCUACCUCCGGAACGUGUUGCGAUUUUUACACCUCCAUCACAACAUCCAGGCGGGCUUUUGGGAGGUUCUUCGGAGGGAACUCCAAAAAUGUCGAAGUUGCAGGCUCUAGCGGCGGCACGCAGGAAGAAGGCACAAGACCAGCAGAGUUUGGUCUCGGAAGUUGAAAAGCCCAUGGCCAAUCUCUCUCUGAACAAAACUGGGGAUGAUAGCGCAACAGAACUUCACGACAACAAAUCUAUCAGCAGUAGCGGUGACUCUUUAUCUAAAGACGCGAAGCACGGUGGAUCCCCGUUCAGGAAGCGCAAAGAUUCCAAUCCCCACGAAAAAGUUCUUAAGCCGCAACCUACCUCUAGGAACCAUCAGACAAAGAUUGUGCCCCCAGUUGAAUCUUCCCCCGUCUAUCAGGCCAGCCCAUCUGCAUUCGCUAGUACCAUGUUCCAAACUGCAAGCGUAACACCAAGGCCUCGGCCGGAGAACAAUUUUACCAUGCCGUACACUUCAGAAGUCCUGAACACACCAGCUAACCCUUUUGCAGGACCUAGUCCAGACGACGUUGUCAUAGCAGCGCAGUCGAAAGGUUCGGUACUUUCUGCGACAUCAAAGAAGUAAAACUGAUCAUAUAGCAGCCGGUGGUAAAGAACGAAAAGGAACAUCAAAGGAAUCGCCAAAGGAAUCACGGGGCUCCAAUGGUGUUGAUUCGUCUAAAGUUGAUGAUGUGCCAAGAGCAACGAGCAAAAAUUUAGAUGUUCUAGCAGAGUUCGAGAAAACCAAAAGUAAAAAUGCUGCGAAUUUUGUAGUUAUAGGUAUACCAAUACGAGCAAAUUAUUGCUUUAUUUUCUAACCUUGACAGGUCAUGUUGACGCCGGAAAAAGCACUUUAAUGGGUCGUCUGCUUUAUGACUUGAAGGUAGUAGAUCAAAGAACAAUAGACCGGUAUCGCAAGGAGGCAGAAAAAAUGGGGAAGUCAUCAUUCGCUCUUGCUUGGGUUCUGGACCAAGGAACGGAGGAACGAAGUAGAGGCGUGACGAUUGAUAUUGCGAUGAACAAGUUCGAGACCGAAAAGACAGUCUUCACCAUUCUUGAUGCUCCUGGUCAUCGCGAUUUCAUUCCAAACAUGAUUGCUGGAGCAAGUCAGGCAGAUUUUGCUGUGUUGGUAAUUGAUGCUAGUACCGGAUCUUUCGAAUCAGGAUUAAAGGGUCAGACAAAAGAGCAUGCACUAUUAGUCCGAAGUAUGGGUGUCCAAAGAAUCAUUAUAACAGUCAACAAACUCGAUACUGUCACUUGGUCACGGGAACGCUUUGACGAGAUCUCGCAACAAGUUUCUGCCUUCCUUAUGGCAGCUGGCUUUCAAGAAAAGAACAUCAAAUUCAUACCGUGCUCUGGACUUAACGGUGACAACAUCGUCAGGAAAUCGACGGAGCAAGAUGCGGCAUGGUAUACUGGACCAACUCUUGUAGAAGAGCUUGAUAAUUCUGAGCCCGUAGCCAGAGCCUUGAACAAGCCUCUGCGGCUAACAAUUGGCGAUGUAUUCCGCGGCGGUGUGCAAAAUCCAUUAAGUAUUUCCGGACGUAUCGAAGCUGGAUCUCUCCAAGUUGGAGACCCAGUCCUUGCACAACCUAGCAAUCAGAAGUGUUUUGUCAAAGGACUUGAAGUCGACAACGAAACUGUAGAUUGGGCAGUCGCUGGUCAAAAUAUCACAAUGCAUCUGAGUGAUAUUGAUCCUAUUCAUCUCAAGAUCGGCGAUGUCCUCUGCUUACCCAGUCAACCUAUAAGUAACAUCAAAAUUUUUACAGCAAAGGUGUUGGCGUUUGAGUUCUUGACACCGAUGCAUGUGGAUGUUCAUAGAGGAAGAUUACAUACUGCGGGUAAAAUCAAGGAGAUUGUGGCAGUGCUAGAUAAAGGGACGGGACAGCCCAUUGGUAAGAAAAAGCCGAGGAUUAUUAAACCGGCGCAGGUGGCUAGGGUGGUGGUUGAGUUGGAGACGUCGGUGCCGUUGGAGGCGCCCACGAGAGUUAUUUUGAGGAGUGAUGGAGUUACGGUUGCGGCAGGGUUGUUGGAGUAGAGUGGCGGGUUUUGAGGACUGGCGGGAGAUAGAGUGAGUGAGUGGUUUGAUACCCGAAUGAGCUUGGGAUAUGUUGAGGGUAUGGGAUAUAAUGUAUAUGACUCAAGGCCAUAGUAGGAGAAAUUUCGCUGCCCUUUGGAUCUUUGUGAAAAUGCGAAAUCAAGAAUACUAUAUAUAAUUGAUAGUUUUUUAUGGAUGAAAUAUGAUGUUUU